ACAGCAUCCACAGGUGGGAGGUAUGGAGGAGCCAAACAGAGACCUCAAGAGGCCGUGGGACACCUGUCGGGAGGUUCCUGUAAUUGAAGACGAACACACACCUUGGAAGUUGUUGAAGUUUCUAAAGAUCAUCGCUUUGUUUGCAGUUGCCAUUAUUGUGUUUGGAUUGGCAAUAUGUAGCAAGGCUUCUUUCCUUCUCCUCAUCACUUUGUCCCAUGAAGACACAAAGACCCUCCAAGCAGAGCAGAAACCCGUCGCACUGCUGUGUAUUGGCUGCUCUCUCAUUGCACCCACUGUUCUUGUGCUGCUGAAAAGCAUCUGGAAAGCAUGUUACAAAUCAUCAAAGCUGCCAAGAAAAUCAUCUGUAGCCCUGGUUUUGUUCUUCGAGUUUCUUGUUUCUGUGGGGUUAGCAGUGCUUACCAUUGUAGCAAUGCCACACUUGGACAUUGUAACCAAUGUGGCCAUCCUGAACAGUGUAGCUGUCCUCUCUGGAUUCCUUCAAGCAGUCGCUCAGUGCACUGUCAAAAGGAUGAACAUCUUCCUGCUGCCUUCCAUCGUGGCCUUUGUGGUUAUGGUUGUUGGUUACUGUUUGUUCCUGGUCCUGUACAUGAUGAAAGACCCCGCCGAUGUGAAGACAGCCGUCUGGGUGGGUCUUGCUGUUGGUGGGUCAAUCUUGGUAUCUUUCAACUGGUGGGAGAAUUACUUCAGGGUGGUCUGUGUGAAAAGCAAAUCCAACAUCCUGAAAAACCUGUUUGAAGACUUGAACAAGAGUCAGAACAUGCUGCACAUCAUGUCCAGCUUACUGAGGAUUGUGGUCACUGCCUGUGUGCUUGGUGCCUAUGUUCCUCUGGCCCAGAUGGACUGGGACAUUGUGACCUCCAUUCCAAGCAGGGAAACAAGAAUAAUAGCCAUCAUCAUUGGGGUCCAGCUGAUCUCCUCUGCACUUUGCCAUUGGUUUGCAUUGGCAGCCUGUAAGAUGCAUGCUGUACGCCGAUGCUUCAUCGUUCCUUUGUACCUGGCUUCACUGGCUGUGAUGGUGCUGUUCAUUGUCCCUGUUAUUCUGGAUUAUCAGGACCACCAGUUAAACUUGAACACAACUGAAAACAUCAACUUCACAAGUUACUGUGCUGAAGCUGUGAAUGUAAGAAAUCAAAGUCUGAGUGGUAACCUGUUCCCACACUUGGUUUUGGAUGUUACCCAAACGCUCUGCUUCCUGGACAUGUCCAACACAGCCGACAUCGGCUUACUGACAGGUGCAGCAGCAUCAUGGUGGAUCGGUCUUGUGCUGGUUACUAUCCAUAUAUGGUACUUUAACAUUAAUCGUAUCCAGAAGACACAAGACUUGUUUGGUCGGAGACUCUAUGAGGGAGCCUUUAUUGAGCAGUCGUUACUCCUCAACACCCGUUUCAACAUCCGGACUAGAAAAAGCAAGAAGAAGCAGAAUAAAGAGGAUGACAUUCCUGCUAUGAUUUAUCUCUGCGCAACAAUGUGGCAUGAGACCUAUGAGGAGAUGAUGAAUAUCAUGAUCUCAAUGUUCAGACUGGACAAAUACAGACCAAAAGCAGGAUCCAAGUUUAAUGAUUUCACCUUCGAAGCCCAUCUCUUCUUCGAUGACGCCUUUGAAAACGCUCAAGAAACUCAGGAUCGUCAUCUGAACACAUAUGCAAAGGACCUUGUGCAAAUCAUCACAGAGGUCCAUGGGAUCUUCAAGAACCUUGAUAAAACAUUCUUUGAGAUACAGCAGGAAAUUCCUCAUCAGUCAAUCAUAGAGACGCCAUAUGGAGCUAGACUUGUUGUUGAAAUGCCUCAUGGGAAUAACAUAGUAGUUCACUUCAAAGACAAGCAGAAAAUUCGGAACAAAAAGAGAUGGUCUCAGGUGAUGUAUCUUUACUAUCUUUUGGGUUGGAAACUCAUGACUAAAUAUCACACAGACUGGAAGAAGGGGGAAAAUGAAACUGAUCUAAAGAUAAAAAUCAAGAGAGAGAAACACAACACCUACCUCUUGGCUUUGGAUGGGGACACAGACUUCCAACCAGCUGCUCUGCUGCUGCUCAUUGAUCGUCUGAAAAUGUAUCCCCGUGUUGGUGCAGCAUGUGGCAGAAUUCACCCCACUGGAUCAGGUCCUGCUGUUUGGUUCCAGAAGUUUGAGUACGCUGUCAGUCACUGGCUGCAGAAGACAGCUGAGCAUGUCUUUGGCUGUGUACUGUGCAGCCCAGGGUGUUUCAGUCUGUUCAGAGCAGAGGCGCUAAUGGAUGAUAAUGUGAUGAAGAAAUAUUCAACCAAAUCCACUGAGCCCAGUCAAUACAUCCAAUAUGACCAAGGUGAGGACCGCUGGCUGUGCACUCUGCUACUGAAACAAGGCUGGAGAGUUGAAUACAAUGCAGCAUCUGAUGCCUACACCAACGCACCACAGGAAUUUAAAGAACUGUACAACCAGCGGAAACGAUGGGGCCCUUCCACGAUGGCAAACGUUGUAGACCUGCUCGGUUCCACCAACCUGGUGUCCAAGAAGAAUCCAUCAAUGUCCAAACCAUUCAUGCUCUAUCAGCUGUUUGCCAUGAUUUCAGCCAUUCUUGCUCCGGCCACCAUCUGUUUCAUGGUUGCAGGGAGUCUGUCCUUCAUUUUGAACAUAUCUUCUGCUGCUGCUCUGGUCUUAGCUGUGAUACCUCCUGCCAUUUACUUGGGUCUUUGCUUUAAGCUCAAGGCAGACACUCAGAUCACUAUUGCAGCAGUGUUGAGUAUCAUGUAUGCAUUCCUGAUGUUGGUAGUGACAAUGUCCAUUAUUGCCUCAAUGGUGAAGGAAAAGACCAUUCUGACACCCAGCAGCAUUUUCAUUGUGGCCAUGUCCAUCAUUUACAUUGUCACUGCACUGUUGCAUCCUCAAGAACUUCCUUUGUUGUUCUAUGGCCUACUCUACAUCAUCUGCAUCCCGAGUGCCUACCUCCUGCUCACCAUCUACUCCAUGGUCAACAUGAACAGUGUCUCAUGGGGAACCAGAGAAACAAAACCUGCUGCAGAGGCUGCAUCUACUGCAGCCACCAUCCAGCAAACUAAAUCACAAAAAGUAAAAAGCACCUUCAAACGACUCUGCUCACAGAUGAAAUGUUGUAAAAAAUCCCACGAGCGACUACAAGAGGAACAGCUCACCAUGAGCCAGGAGAUCCCAGAGCCGAUACAGGUUGAACCUCAACCCCAGAACAGUAUUGUGGAUGAUUCCCCCCAAAACGAACAACAGGAAGAGGAAACCAGAUUUUACACUCCAGCUCAAUGUUGGAAAGCACAAGUGGAGAGUUUGUCCAGCGACAUUCAGCUGCAGGUGGAUUCUCUCGAUGAGGAUGAGGACCAGUUUUGGAAGGAACUUAUUGAAAAGUACCUGGAACCUCUGCAAAAUGACAAAGAAAAACAAGAAAAGACUAAAAAUGAGCUUCAAGAUCUCAGAAACAAGAUUAAUUUUUCAUUCUUCUUCUUGAAUGCCCUGUGGUUGGUGGCAGCCUUUGUAUUUCAACUCUUCGAUGUCUUUCAACUCGAGUUUGACAUUGUUGACUUGAACCUCAAGAAAACUGGUAAAAAGUUCCAAGUUGAGCCGAUGAGCCUCAUGUUCAUCCUGGGCUUUGCCAUUUCAGUUUUGCUCCAGUUCAUUGGGAUGUUGUACCACAGAAUUAUGACCCUCAUUCAUUAUGUGGCAUUUUUGGAAACGGAGCCAAAACAACAGAAGUCUGCGAAAACAGAGAGUGACUCCAGGUCCGAUGCAGACGAUAGCUCACUCUUCCAGUCUGUGACUGACAUGAGCAACAUCUCACAGGAUGAAUCUGAGUUUGAUUUAAGUGAUGAGUCGGACAAUGAAAACAUCUAUCUAGGGGACAUUGGGGAUGGAACUCAGGAGACUUAGGUUUUUAACAAGACUGUUUCUGCACCUAAACACUUUCAGCACUUUGUCAUUAAUCUGCUGUGUCAUUAAUCUUUUUAAUGGCACUGUAAAGUAGGACACAUGCCAUGAAGGCAACCUCCAGAUGAAGGAUUUUAUUUAAAUGUUGUGACUUAUUAUUUAUCGUUUUUGUAAAAAAGAUCAUGUAACAGUUUUUUAUGUUGUUCCUUUUUUGUAUAAAACUUUUAUGUGUUAUGUAAUGUGUAGAUUGAGUCUUGGAAUCAGUGAUUAAUAUUUACUUUGAAUCAAAACUGUCUAAGCUAGUCAAUUCAUUAGUGAAAGCUUCAUGAAUGUUGUGAUUAAUAUUUGAUUUAUUCUGUUUGUCAGAAUUUUUUCUGAACUCAAUAAUUUUAUUUUAUUUUAUUGCAUUAUAUUGAAGGAAAAAACUGAGGGAUGAAUUAAUCUUGAAAGUACAAUAUUACUACAGUGUUACUAAUGCAGUAAGCUAUUCAAGGAGGUUCUUACUUUGGAAUAACCUGUAAAAUCUGGUUGACUCACUACUUGAAUACAUAUAGGCGUUAACUCAAAGACUGUUUACUAAAAAUACGAAUGUUAAAUUGUCUUUAUUGUUUUCAAAUUGUUUUGUGUGAUCCGGCUAGCAUACACA